UUGCAGGGUCGCAAGGACUUUAACCCGCGGCAGCCCGGGGCGGCCGGGGCUGGGCCUGGGCUCCCGUAGCCGCGCAGCCCCUCGUCCCGCGCCCGCCCGGGCCGCUCCUGCCCGUCCCCUGAGAAGCCCCGGCCUCGGUCACCUCCGGGCGGGGUCGCCCUGGGCCGCGUGCCGAGGGGCCCGCCUCUUCCGGUCCCGGAGGCAGGCCUCCCCUCCGCCCUGCUCCGACGGCCGCCCCGGGGCCCUGGCGACCCGACCAUGGGCCGCAAGAAGAAGACGCUGCAGGACUACGCGGCGGAGUUCACGGACCUGGUGGUGAAGCAGCGCCUGGUUGAGCACGGCGACUCCGGCGACACCUCUGUGGUGGAGACCCUCUGCUGCAGGGCGUGCGAGCUCCCCAUGCGGGUGCGGAGGGACCGCAUCCUGGAGCACCUGUCCUCGGGCAGGCACUACCGGAACCGCAGGCUCGUCAGGCAGCACGGAGCGCGGACGCCCGUCCUCCUCUCAGCGGCCUCGGACCUUGCCGUAGCCGGCCUUCCCGUGCACCUGGGUCACUCGUCUCUACUCCCCCAGCCCCCACGCCUGCUCGCAGGCGAUCCCAGCAUCACCAGCACCUGCAUGGUGCCCCCUCCUCCUGCAGGCCACACAUCUCUCCUCCCUGUCCCCCUGACUGCCGUCAGCUCCACCACCAGCGAUGCGUCUGCCCAGGAGGACCAAAUGCCAUCUACCUCCACCAGCCACCUUUCAGCGUUUCCUGCCAUCCUAAUGAAGAGGCCCUCGGUGCUCUCAAGGCAGACCAACCACAGACUGGUUUCAGAGGGCUCCAGCAGUGCUGUGUCCAGAGGUGGCGUGAGGUGGCUUAACAAGAGCGGAGCUGGGGCGUCCAGCCGCCUUGGCCUGGCUGUCUUUGGGGUAGGGUACGGUAGCGCAGCGCUGUUGCAGAGUCUUACAGAGGAGAACAGCUGCUUCCUGCUUUACGUCGUCGAGGAUCAGCUGUGUGAAGUGCAGCGGGCCUUCAGAGCAGAGCAUUUGGCCCACACGAGGGUGAUUCGAGAACAGGAUGCAGACAUUGUCCUCAACGACCAGCGUGUCUCUGGAGUUGUGGUCUGUUCCCCACCAGAGGCAGCUUCUGAAAUAGUGAUAGACGCCCUCCGAGCAGGGAAGGGGGUGUUCUGCGAGAGGCCGCCCAGCUUGGACAGGCAGACUGCUGAGGCCUGCUUUGAUGAAGCUGAGAGGUGUGGGAAGCCUUUGGUCUGUGGAUUUUACAAGCGUUUUGACCCGGCUUUCCAGUUCUUGUACAGGCAGGUCCGCGAGGAACACGCUCUGGGGCGGAUCCACAGGAUCGCCGCCGUCAGCCGCCUGUACCCGGCGGCUUCUCCGGCUUUCCUGAAGAGGGCAGGUGGGAUUUUCUACAAUGCUGCUGUGCAUGACGUGGACGUCAUCAGCAUGUUGCUGGGGGAAUCUGCUCCAGACGCUGUGUUUGCUUUGGGCCACGCCUUCUGCUCAGAUAUGGCCUCCUUAGAAGAAGCAGAUACUGUUGUGAUCAGCAUGAAAUUUCCCGGUGGGGCUCUCGUUAGCCUGGACGUCAGCCAGCACUGUACGGACAGCUGCGAUCAGAGACUGGAGGUGCGUGGGUCUCAAGGCACACUGCGCAUGGAGAAUCAGAACUCCUUGGGCAUCACUGGACACGGCCCUUCCCUGUCGCUCUGCCCCCAGACCCAGGCCGGACGCUAUCAGGACGCAUAUCGAGAGCUCUUCAGACACUUUGUCAGAACGCUUAAAGCGGCCCCCUUGGGACUGUGGCCUCUUCACAUCACCCAGCAGGAGAAGGAAUGUCUUUGGCUCCAGUGUGUUGGUUUUGACCUAAAUCUGUGCAAACAUGCUCUCUGUCCAGGGACAGAACCUCCUCAAGUCACCAAAGAGCAGCUCCUGAGAGCCAUUCAGGUGGCUGCCACUGCAGCGCAGUCCUGGCGCAGCCGGGCAGCCGUGAACCUGCCGAGUGAGGUGGCAGAGGCCUCCGUGGUCAAGACGGAAGCCCCGUGAAUGGCCUCGUGGCUCAAGCCAGUGUCCUGCCUGAGAUCUGGUCUCCUGUUCCACCUCUGCCUGUUACCAAGAGAGACAGAACCUUCCGGUGGCAUUGCUGCCACUGGAAACUAAGAAGGGAAGGCAUGUGGAAAUUGCGUUUCAUUACUGGAGUAACUGGAUUGUUUCAGGAUGGGACCUCAGACGCGGGGACAGAAGUUGCUGUUGCUUUUCUGUUUUGUUUUGAGCUCAGGCCUGGUAUGUGAGGGAUGCCUUCGUGGUUGCAGUUACCUUGGCAGAGUCCUCGGAGUCCUGCUGGUUGAGUUGCUUAGGAAGAAUGCGGGUCAGGAGGUGGACCGUGUAAAUGCAUCUGGAAACCUGCAGUGUCAGCUUUUCCACGCGGGAGCCGAGUGGAGGCUGGUUCUCCAGUAGACUGAGUCUCACGUGCGUGAAGCAGGCUGCAGGUUUUUGGGCCUCUUUUUUGGCAAUUAUAGCAGUAUUAAAAAGCAAACAAUUUUCUUGAAGAAUCUGUGAUUUUGUGCACAGUUAUAUGCAGCACCAUUCCUAAGAAAUGUGAUGAAAUAUUUGUAUAUGAUAUUAAAAAUCCACUUUAUGGGCUGACCCCGUGGCUCACUCGGGAGAGUGCGGCGCUGGGAGCACCGAGUCCGCAGGUUCGGAUCCUAUAUAGGCAUGGCCGGUGCACUCACUGGCUGAGCGUGGUGUGGACGACACCAAGACAAGGGUUGCGAUCCCCUUACCGGUCACAAAAAGGAUUAAAAAAAAAAAAAAUCCACUUUAUUCUUCUUGCCUCAAUAUAGACACUUUCUCUUUUGGUGUCAGUGGGGGAAUGAACUGAUUGUUUUCCCCCCAAGGGAAAAUAGGCCUUCUGUUUUCUUUUUAGGAGUCACUAAUGGGAUGACCCUGUGCAGGACAGUGCCUUGCAGAGUGCAGAUCUGCUUGAAUCCAGCUUGUCUUAAAAUUACACAUCAGACAUAGCAGAGA